ACUGCGAGACACUGGAAGCGUUUUAGAGAGAGAAAAACUAGAGAGAGAAAGUGAGAGAGAGAGAGAACGAGAUCUGAUCGAAGAGAGAAGAAGAAGAAGCGAAAGCGCUUUUUCCCGAAGCCCUGUUCGUGCUACUGAUGCUGUUGUCGUAAGCCUUGAACUCUUUCUCUUCUUCUUCUUCUUUGUAUGUUGGUCUUAGUUUAGAGCCCUACGAUUCGUCGUUUUUCGUAGGGAACAGAAACCCUAAUUUUGAUUUUUCUUGAAUCUGCAAAUUUUGUGAGAUUUGGGGGGAAAAUUAGGGUUUUAUUUGGGAAAAAAAACCCUAGGGGAUUUUGGAUCUUUGUGAGAGGGUUUUUGCGGGAGUUAGGGUUUAGUUGAGAGGUACAUGUAUGGCUUCGGGGCCUAUAGUUGGAGAAGGUGAUGGAGCCACAGAGAAGCAGCGGUGCUCGGAAACCAAGGUCUACACUCGAAAAGCUUUUAGAAACUCCAGAAAGAAUCUUCUCAACAACAACAACGCCAAAACAAUCUCUACCGCCACCGCCUUAGCCGCCGCUGCCAGAGACGAGAAGAGUAACGGCGAGAAGAAGGACGGGGAGAACAGGAAUGAUAAUAAUGUCAAUUCUACUCAAGCUCCGGCGGAGGUGAUUGGUUUGGAGGAUGGGAACUCAGCUCAGCCUCCAGCUCCGGUUUCCGAGGACGGGAAUUCAGCUCAGCCACCGGCUCAGGGGUCUCAGGAUGGGAAUUCUGCCCAGCCGCAACAGCCACAGUCGGUUUUGCGGGUUGAAGCUGCCUCUGGUGAUUCGUCGAGCCUGAACCAGCAAGAGCCUAUAGUGGCAGUGGCGGCUGCGGCUACUCAGGUUACACCUGCAGAGAAUGGGGUUUUGAAGCCGGAGUCGGAUAACAGCCGAGUUAAGAUCAGUUUGACUUCGAGGUCGAAGCAAGAGGUGCGUGAGCUUAGAAGGAAGCUUGAGAGUGAACUGGUUAUGGUUCGGGGUUUGGUGAAGAAGAUUGAGGCCAAGCAGGGGCAGAUUGCCGGGUUAAGUUACUCGCAUGUUUCUGCGAAUGAUAGGGUUAAUAGUAAUGUCAUUGGAGGGCUGAGGCGGGUUCACUCCGAGGUUGCUUCAGGUGGUGUUCCUCGUGAGGUUACUAGGCCUUUGCAUCAGCUGAGUGUAUCGGUAUUGGAGAAUAGUCAGGGAGGGAUUGAUAAUGUGGAGAAAGAGAAGAGGACCCCCAAGGCAAACCAGUUCUACCAAAGUUCUGAGUUUUUGCUGGCCAAGGAUAAGUUUCCACCGGCUGAAAGUAACAAGAAGACAAAAUUGAAUCUGAAGAAGCAGCAUAGUGGAGGAGAGGUUGUACACAGGUAUACGAUGGGCAACAAGUUUUUCAAGAGUUGUAGUUCUUUGCUUGAGAAAUUGAUGAAACACAAGCACGGUUGGGUGUUUAAUGAACCUGUGGAUGCUGAAAAGCUUGGUUUGCACGAUUAUCACAUUAUUAUCAAGAGUCCGAUGGACUUGGGUACAAUCAAAUCCAGGCUGAUCAAGAAUUGGUACAAGUCCCCCAAAGAAUUUGCAGAAGAUGUGAGACUUACUUUUGACAAUGCCAUGACCUAUAAUCCUCCCGGGCAGGAUGUUCAUGUCAUGGCAGAACAGCUAGUCAAGAUUUUCGAGGAAAGGUGGGCUAUAAUUGAGUCAGAUUAUAAUCGUGAGACAAGGUUCGGUUAUGAUUAUGGGACUGGUCUUCCAACACAACCAAUACCAAGAAAGGCUCCUCCACCACCACCUCCUCUUGAUAUGCGAAGGAUCUUGGACAGGUCUGAGUCCAUAACACAUCAUAGUGAUCCCAGGCCAAGAUCCAUGACUACCACUCCUAGGACCCCUGCUCCAAAGAAGCCCAAGGCAAAGGAUCCUCAUAAAAGGGACAUGACUUAUGAUGAGAAACAAAAGCUUAGCACAAGCCUCCAGGGUCUACCUUCAGAGAAGCUAGAUACCAUUGUACAGAUUAUUAGGAAAAGGAAUUCAGCUGUCUUCCAGCAUGAUGAUGAAAUUGAAGUGGACAUUGAUAGCGUGGAUGCUGAGACCCUCUGGGAGCUUGAUAGGUAUGUUACCAAUUACAAGAAGAGCUUGAGCAAGCACAAGCGGAAAGCUGAACUUGCCAUGCAAGCCAGACUAGUGACUGAGCAGAAUGUCCUUCCGCAGGCCCAGGCCCCCAAUGUAGACGAGGUUCCCAACGAAACCACAACAGAUCCAAAGAUUGUUUCGUCUUCAACACCAAUUCAUAGGGAUAACCAGGGGGAUAAUAGGAGUAGGUCGAGUAGUUCAAGCAGCUCUAGCAGUGAUUCUGGAUCUUCUUCGAGUGACUCUGAUAGUGAUAGUUCAUCAGACUCUGGAUCUGAUGCCGGAUCUCCAAGGACUUGACUACUUUUUUCUUUUUCUUGUUAAGGUAAGGUUGAGUAGAUUUCGAUGCAAGGUCUGCUUUUUG